GGGAACCUGCUGGGCCGGAUGGAGGCUCUUACCGGUAUCAAGCGGAUCUACCUGGCCGCAGGUGCGACNGCUCUCCUGGGGCUCUACCUGGCGUUCGGCUACGGCGCCUCCCUGAUCUGCAACAUCAUUGGCUUCGCCUACCCCGCAUACGUCUCCAUCAAAGCCAUCGAGAGCUCCAGCAAGGAUGAUGACACCACGUGGCUAACGUACUGGGUGGUGUACGGCGUCUUCAGCAUAGCCGAGUCCUUCUCUGACCUCUUCCUCUACUGGUUCCCAUUCUACUACACUGGGAAGUGCCUGUUCCUGCUGUGGUGCAUGGCCCCCAUCUCCUGGAACGGGUCUCAUGUCCUCUACCACACUGUCAUCAGGCCCUACUUCCUCAAGCACCACAAGUGUGUGGACAAAACGCUGGGCAACAUCAGCACCAAAGCCCUGGACGCGGCUUCUACUGUCACCCGAGAAGCCUCCAAAGGAGCCUUGAACAUGGGGGAGAGGAGGGAGUGA